UCUAAGUAAAUUUGGAUACAAACUACUGUCUACUGUGAAGGGAAUAAGACUAACUUAGUUUCUAAGUAAAUAAGACUAACUAAACUAAGACAAUAAGAUCAAUAAUCAAUUGGCAAAUUGCAAUUACCUCUCUAGUCUCUACGCACUUUCUUUGCAAUAAGACAGAUCACAAAUUCACAAAUCACAAUUCACAGAUGCUGAGAUGAGAUAAGAGAAUCAGAUCAGUGAAUCACAAUUCACAAACGGAGAGACUAGAAGAAAGUUGGGCGGCGGGCGCUGGCGCUGCGGUCCUGCGGAGUGCGGUAUGCGGUCGGUCAGGCGAUGCGGGCGGUCUGCGGGCGGUAUGCGGCCUGGCCAAAGGAACUCCGGCGCCGGCCGCCAGGUCAGGGUGACAGGGCCUCCGGUGAUCAGCGAUCAGCGCAAACGGGCAGAGCACGAGCGGGUCUGUCUGUUCAUCUUCUCUUUUCUUUUUGUUUUUUGGUUCUAGACUUGCAGGGGAAGCCAAUGAUGCGGAUUGCGGGAGAUUGUUAUUUCAUAUUUUGUUAGUUUGGGCUGCAGGGAUUGUUUGGGCUGCAGGGGAAGCUGAUGCAGGGAUGCCUGGGUCUUGAGACGGGCUGGGCCCAAAUAUUUAAACACUGAACUGCUGCUGGGGUUGGGUCUUGGGGAGGCAGGGAGGGCUGGGCCCGGGCCCAGUCUGGCCCCCCCCCCUGUAUCCGCUGCUGAUUCUCCCCAUCAGGAAUACGUGAGGUUUCCCGUGAGUGGACUAAGGAGGCUUGGUUGAGGAAGGCCACUAAACUUCCCGGAUCGUGCACUUGGAGGUAUCGUCCGGUUAAAGAUCGUUCUACAGAUUCCGCUUCAAGUUCACGACGAUCUACCAUCAUGAAUCUAGGUAUUUAGAUCUAUUCGCCUUUGAUAAUCUGAUAAGAUAUUUCCAGGGAAUUACGUAUUUCGAUUAAUUCCAACAAGUGGUAUCAGAGCAGGUUAUCUUUGUUAGAUUAUUGAGGCUUCCGCAUACACGGAUCUGUUAUAUGCAUGAUUGCAUUGCUAGUUAGGUACAUAUUGCAUGCUACUGUUCUCGUACCCAUGCAUAUUGUAGAUUAGUAUUGCCCUGCGUUUGCUUGGAAUUGGAUUCAUGACGGGCAAUACCGGUGGCUGCUUUUGGAUCAGUUAUGAUUAUGUUGCUUAAAAAAAUGGAAUUUUAGGUUGUUGGGUGGAGAUUUCAUUCUUUUCUUUAUAAAUCACCCAAGCCAAAAGGAAUAUAUGCGGUUCCAUCUUUUCUUCAUCUUCCUGGUCAUGAAGUUUUGGGUAAAGCACUGUCCCAAAUCAAGCAUUAAGCAUCCCGUCUGUGUUUAUGAAAAUAAAGUGGAGGUUGAGGGUUCUUUGGUUUCAGACCCUCUCCAUCAGGAUUUAAUUGCUUCAGUUUGGAUUAUCUUAAUUGGUUGAUUGGUUUACUGUGUGCGUAUUUUGGGUAUGUGUAUAUAUAUAUAUUAUUUUUGAACGCACAUGGUUUGCGUAAUCAAUCAAUUGGUCCAAUAAUUUUAAAUUGAUUUGAUUCUUUAUGUUAUGUUGCCAAAGUAACCUCUAGUGUAAAAAUUGAUCAAAUUAAAUUACUUGGAUGUAUAGUGUGUGGUUGUUUAUGCGGAUAGUGUUCGGCCCAAAGGUAGAUACUAUUUGGCCAAAUGAUGAUGCACCUUAAUGAUAAAUACGUGAUGAUUGUGAAGUUUAUUUUCAUGUGAAUGAUAGUUGGUCCAAAGAUAAACUAUUAUUUGACAGAACUCAUUAUCAGUAUUUGAUCAUUUUAGUAAGAGUACCGCUCGCAGUUAAUUUAUCUGUCCAAAGACUAAGAGUUAAUGUUGCAUUUGGUAUCUUAAGAUGGGUUUCAGAAAUAAAACUUAAAUGUCUGAAUUUUCUUCUCGUGUAUUUUUGUUUGACAUGAGUGCAUGUUUUCUUGUUUCUUUAUAGUGUCUUUAGCUUCUGCUUCCAAUGUUUCUGCUCAAAUUAGCAAUAUUCCACUAUUGAAUGGGACAAACUUUAAGAUCUGGAAAGAAACCGUAGAAAUUGUUCUCGGUUGUAUGGAUUUGGAUCUUGCACUGCGGUUGGAGCGUCCUGUUUCUACUCCAGAUAACCUUAAUGAGGUUAAAAUAGAAAAGUGGGAUCGCUCUAAUCGUAUGUGUAUGAUGAUCAUGAAGCGCUCUAUUCCAGAAGCGUUUCGGGGCUCUAUGACUGAGAAUGAGAGCGCUAAGGGGUUCCUUGAGGAAAUCGAGCAAUACUUUGCCAAGAAUGAAAAAUCAGAGGCAAGUUACCUUUUGUCUAAGCUCGUUUCCAUGAAGUAUAAAGGCAAGGGGAACAUAAGGGAGUACAUUAUGGAGAUGUCUAAUCUCGCAUCAAAACUCAAGUCACUAAAGUUAGAGCUGUCUGAAGAUUUGCUCGUACACUUGGUUUUGAUCUCUCUCCCUGUACACUUUGGGCAAUUCAAAGUGAGCUAUAACACUCAGAAAGACAAGUGGUCUCUCAAUGAGCUUAUAUCUCACUGUGUGCAAGAGGAAGAGAGGCAAGCGCGGGAUAGGACUGAGAGUGCUCACUUAGCAUCAAGUUCUCAAAACAAAAUCAAGAAGAGAGCUAGGGAUGUUGCAGAAAAGUCUUCUCAGCAAAAGAAACCAAAGAUGCAAACUGAGGGGUUUCCUUGCUACUUCUGUAAGAAGACUGGGCACAUGAAGAAGGAGUGUCCCAAGUAUGCCGUUUGGCGUGAAAAGAAGGGUGAGCUUCUUACUUUAGUUUGUUCUGAAGUUAAUUUAGCUUUUGUGCCUAUGGAUACUUGGUGGGUGGAUUCUGGUGCUACCACUCACAUAAGUGUAUCUUUGCAGGGCUGCCUGUGGAGCCGGCCACCAAGUAAGAACGAAAAGUUCAUCUAUGUGGGGGACGGCAAUAAAGUUGCAGUGGAGGCUAUCGGAACUUUUAGAUUACAAUUAAAGACUGGAUGCCAUUUGGAUUUGUUUGAGACUUUUGUGGUGUCGUCAUUUCGACAGAAUUUAAUUUCGGUUCCAUGUUUGGACAAAUCAGGUUAUUCUUGUUCAUUUGGAGAUAAUAAAUUUAGUCUCUCACAAAAUUCAGUCUUGAUUGGUACCGGUCCAUUGAUUGAUAAUCUAUACAUGCUUGAUGUGAUUAGUUCCCAUAAUGAAAUCCUCCAAACAAGUUCACGAGGUACAAAGCAAAAAUUUAAUGAGAAUUCCGCUGCUUUAUGGCACAAGCGCUUAGGACAUAUCUCCAAACAGAGAAUUCAGAGGCUUGUGUCUGAUGGAAUUCUUGAACCCUUAGAUUUAGCAGAUUUUGAAGUCUGCAUUGAGUGCAUUAAGGGUAAGAGAACAAACAUUAAGAAAUUGGGUGCCAAUAGAGCUCAAGACGUCUUAGAACUCAUUCAUACUGAUAUAUGUGGUCCAUUCCCUACAGCAUCUUGGAACGGUCACAAAUAUUUUAUCACGUUCAUAGACGAUUACUCUAGAUAUGGUUACCUCUUUCUUAUAAAUGAGAAGUCGCAAUCCUUGGAUGUUUUCAAGUCUUUUAAGGCUCAAGUUGAACUUCAACUUGGAAAGAAAAUUAAGGCUGUCAGAUCGGACUGUGGUGGAGAAUACUAUGGUCGAUAUGAUGGAUCCGGAGAACAACGUCCAGGAUCCUUCGCGCUUUACCUCAAAGAGUGUGGGAUUGUGCCUCAAUACACCAUGCCAGGAACACCUAGCAUGAACGGCGUUGCAGAAAGGCGCAAUCGUACUCUUAAAGACAUGGUAAGAAGUAUGCUUAGUCAUUCUUCCUUACCGGAGUUACUUUGGGGGGAAGCUCUAAAGACUGCUGCAUACAUCCUUAAUAGGGUACCAAGCAAAGUAGUAACUAAAACCCCUUAUGAGCUAUGGACAGGCAAAAAUCCUAGCAUUAGGCACUUGCACAUUUGGGGUUGUCCAGCUGAGGCAAGGCCUUAUAAGCCACAUGAAGGAAAGCUAGACUUAAAGACUGUAAGUUGCUACUUUGUUGGUUAUCCGCAGUACUCUCGAGGCUACAAAUUUUACAAUCCCACCUCACGAUCAUUCUUUGAAACGGGAAAUGCGAGAUUCCUUGAAGAUAUUGAGUUUUGGGGGGAAGGAAACAUAAGGAAUGUUGUCUUUGAGGAAGAACAAGUCAUUGAUAGUGAUCAGGUUAUCAUACCUAUCACUAGUCCUGACAUAGUUAUUGUAACACCCCACCCUAAAAUCAUGGGUCGAACCAACGGUUCGCCCGCGCAGCGGAAAUCACUCGGGGUUUACGUUUUCAAAAUCUCGACUCGACUCACAUCCACAUCAUUCUUAUAGAUUUAAAAUCCAACUCAUCAUAACAAUUCACUGAAAAUCAUAUCCUCAAUCCAUUAAUCAACCUUCCUCAAAAUCAGGAUUCACUGACUCCACACUGUCAAUCUCAUCCACUCCAAUCAUACUCAACUCAAGUCAAUGAUCAUACUUGACCAUUACAAACUAUCAUGCAUGUUCAAAACCCGAAUCGUAAAGUAAGGGUUAUCUCAAUAGGUGGAAAAACCUUUUAAAUCAAAAUCCUCCAUCGAUCAUUGUGCAGUGCCAGAGUCAUCCUCAAUUUAUCACACCUGUCACAUCUAGAAAGAAAAAUGGGUCAGCUACUAAGCUGAGUGUGAGGGCCUUGCCUAUACGGCAAAACUAUUAUUAGCAUGCCAUCACAUCAUCACAUCAUCACAUUGUGUUGAUUAAAACACAUCAUCAGCAAAUUAUCAUGCCACACGACAAUCUCAUUAAUCCCUAGAUUUAUCUCUAGGUCAUCAAUCCUUCUUUAACCCAAUUCCUCAUGGUAUGACUUUCAUUAAUCAAGUCGUAAUAUAGAAUCAUAAACUUACCUCAACUCAUGAAUCCAUCAUAUCAAACCUUCAUUCAAAGUCAACUCAUCAUUUAAUAAUCAACGCAUAUCAAUCAUUCAUCAAAUCAAAUCAUCAAUUGGAAAUAGCCAUAUCAGUCAUUCAUCAAAUCACCAAUUUGUCAUUCACCAUAUCAAUCUUUCAAUCAUCAAUCGAGUGAUCAAUAAUCAAAUCGCCAUUCCGGCGCAACCAUAUAGAUUUCUCAAUCAAUCAUCAAUCAAAUGUCACUCUACGAUUUCCUUCAUGGAAAUCAUCAACACCAUAUAUAUCAUAUGCAAUGCAUGAAAUGCAGACUCUCCAUUUAUUAUUGAUUUGCGCGCUAAGGUCACCAUACGCCCACCCCGCUCGAGCCUCAUCUCAUCUCCCCUCGUGGUUAUAAUGAACCACCAUCUCUAGGAUUAUCAUAAAUCCUUUUAUCAUGGCCGUAGCCCGAUCAAUUGUCCCGCAGUCCAAUUGAUCUCAUAGGGGUAGGUCAUAGGCCCUUCUAUGUCUAUGUGAUUUAAUAUGAUCAAACAACAUCACUUUCUCUCUUCCAUCUUAUCUCAAUCGAUCCAAGAAAUCAACAGCGUCCCAUUGAUAUUCCCAGUCCAUACAUAUCUCACAUCAUCUAUGCAUACUUUGAUGCAUUGCACAAUCUCAAUGUAAUCAUCAUCUUCUCAAUGAUAUAAAUAAUUCAUUCUCAUCAAUCAAACUUGACAAAUCUGCCAAGUACUCAACACAUCAUUCACUCAUCGUAAUCAUUUAACAUAUCAAUCACAAAUCGAUCAUGAUAAUAUCUCAUCCACAUCAUCAUUAAUCAAAGCAUUCAUCAUAUCAAUGUUGUCACAACAUAUCACGGUAAUAUUUAUAUUUACCAAUCACAUUCAUACCAACCGAUAUUCUAAUCACGUCAUACUCAUACACGUCAAUCGUAUCACUAUCACUCAAUAUCCCUGACAUCAUCAUCAUCAUGCCAUAAUCAUACAUAUCAAUAAUCCAUAUAUAUAUUUUAUCAAAUCAUCCAUUCCAUUAUCGAGUAGAAAUUCAUCGUGUAAUUUGAAAGACGGACCCGCCGUGGUAAAACUCCGAGAAAAGGAAUGAGUGCCACUACUCGUAGCGCACUUCUUACAACCAUAUUUCCAAAAGAUUCUACCGGGUGAAUUCCCAGGUAAGUGGACGAGUACCACGAAGGUCUCGAUUAAAAACCACUAGCCUAGACAGAAUCCUCCCAUGGUAGCUGUCCAUCAUUCAAACUUUCACGAAUCCAUUUGCGGUUUAUUAUUAUGACCAGAAUCCUUUCUCAUAUUGAAUCCAAUAAAUUCACAAUUCCAAC